GAUAUCAUAGUUAUGGCUCUCUUAUACAGCACAUACUAGGGCCAAAUGAGCCAAGGCCCUAGUAGCGUCACAAGCCCGUGCUACGCUGCCCUGGCGACAAAAAAUGAGAACAUGACGAGCAUGCUACAAUUCAUGCUUUCGUAUUAGCUUGGUUGAGCGUAGUCUCAGUCUUGGUGCAUGCCAGGAUGCCCGCGUUCAGGCUACACGCCGCGCAGCUAGGCCUGCUCCUGCUGCUCGGCGGUUGGGAGUUGCCCACCUUUGAAAGCAACGUGGUACAGCAGUGGCUCGAUGGAGCGAGAUUGACCUCGCAUCCACUUGGGGGGAGGGAGGGCGUUGCCGGCGAACGCGACCCCCGGCAGCGCGUGGCCAGCCCUAGCUGGUCGCCGGAGCUGCCGCCUACUGCUGUUCUCACGGCGGCAAACGCACUGGCAACAAGCUUGCGAGGGCCCCGGCAACCUAGGCGAGCUCGUAGAAUUAUAGGGACCUGGGGCCUGCGGGGCGCUGCAGCCGUCGGCCGGCGAGGAGCAGCAGCAGCAGCAGCAGCAGCAGCUGCUGCGGCAGGCGGGCGCCGGCACAUGACCGCCGACGCGGGCGCCGGCCCCGGCAACGGCGGCAGUAGCAGCGGCACGGGUGGCGGCAGUAGCGGUGCCAGCGGCGGGCUCUGCACAGACACCUGCCGGCUGGCUCGAAACGGAAUUUGUGAGGACGGCUCACAGCUGCAGCGCCCGCCGCCGCCGGCCGCCACCGGCCCCGGAGGCGGCCCUGCCUCCUUCAAGGAGCGACUAGGCAGCAGCGUGCAGGUGGCGUGCGACUUUGGUACUGACUGCACCGACUGCGGACCGUACAUGGGCGUCGUGCCCACAUGGGGCCAGAACCAGCGCUUCGCCGGGCCGGUGGACUACCUGUCGCGGCAGGGCAUCAAACUGCUGGCGCGGCGGGUGGUCUUCCAACCCCACUUUGUGUUUGGGUACACAGACCCCAAGAACGAUCUGGAUGUGUCGGAGCAAAUGGAGCGCGCGGGCUGCGUGGAGCUGGGCAUCGUGCGGGUGUUCAAACACGUGCUGGAAGAGCGAUGCGGCCGCUUCCGCCCCAACGCCACCGGCACCGCCAACGCGGCGGGAGCGGCGCCGGACGCGGGGCAGCAGCACCAGCCGCCGCCCGGCCUGCCGCCGCUGGUUGUGGAUGUAGGGGCAAACUUCGGCUUCUUCACCGCCUAUGCGGCGGUGAUGGGCUGCAGGGUGGUGGCUGUGGAGCCGGUGCCGCGCUUCCUGGCCUUCCUGCACUGGAGCCUGGCAGCCAACGGCAUACGCGCAGUCGCGGCCGACGCCGCCGGCGGAAGUGCAGGAGGCGGCGGCGGCACAAGUGCAGGAGGCAAAGGCGGUGCGGGAGCAGGAGGCGGCGGUGCGACAGGAGGCGGCGGAGGAGGAGGAGGCCAGCCGCGCUGGCCGUGGCCUGUGUCUGUGGUGGACAAGGUGGUGGCGAAGGAGUCGGGCGGCGUGGCGACAAUGACUGUACCGCGCAAGGGCGUGUGGGGCACCGCCUCCAUGGCGACCCAGAUGGAGCGGCCCGAGCAGGAGCUAGAGAAGAUCAGGGUCAACACCACCCGGCUUGACGACAUCGUCAGUGCGAUGGAGGAGGAGGUUCUGCUGCUCAAGGUGGACGUGGAGGGCUUCGAGCCGGUGGUGUUCAAGUCGGGGGAGGCGCUGAUGGCCUCGGGCCGCGUGGCCAAUGUGCUGCUAGAGUACUCGCCAGGCAUGCCCGAAACGCUGGAGCACUUCCUUCCCGGGCAGGCUCUGGACGUGGUGGCGGAGGACCCGCCGCGCAUGCUGCUGUCGCUCAUGCGCCGCGGCGGCUACACGGCUCUGCAGCUCCCAGACAACUUUGCAAAGUCAGGCUUCCUGCCUGAGAUCGAGCGCCCGCUGCCGGAGUUUCCCCUGGUGCUGCCGGCGAACGUGCAGUACGACCUUGCGGACGUGGGCCGCUUCCGGGCGGCGUCGGUGCCGGGCGCGCACUGCCCCUGGCCGCCCGAGCUGGUGGCAGCCAACCCCCUGUGGAACGAGACGUGUCUACGGCCCCCGGAGGACUGCCACCCGAAGGGUCUGCGGGUGGUGUUCGCGUACAACACCAACCUGUGGCUGGUGCGCAACCGCACGGCGGCGGCGGCGGCCGGCGUGCGGGUGGGCGGCCCCGUGGGCCUGUUCGCGCCAGACCAGGACUUGGCGACAAGCUGGUGGUCGGCCAGUGACCCCAACCGGGCAGUCGGGAACCGCGCGUGCCCGUUCCUGCCCGCGUUCCUGCUGCUGCGGAAUCGCUGUAACUGCACGAACCCCAAGGUCUGCGGGGCAGAGCAGGCGGCUCUGCUCAAGGCCCUUCAGGAGGGCCGGAUGCCGCUUCCAGCGCCCCUUCCGCUGGCAGAGGAGGGCGGGGCUUGAUUGCCUCCAAUGGGAGGCCUCCCAUAAUUGCCUCAGCUCGGGUCGCCUUUGGUGGUCACCAGGUCGGCAUCUCCACAAGAGACGGAGCAUGUGUAGACGGUCUUGUCACGGUAAUCUGAGUGACUUGGUCCCGCUAACGCGGCGGCGGCGGUGGCGUGUGUGGCGGCGGCUGGCCAGGAUGCCGGGGGGGAGGGGGUUUGUCCGCGAGGCGGAGGCGGCACCUCAGCACCUCGGCGCGGUCAAGUUGGAGACGAGGUGAAGACCAUCAGCAGUGGAAAGGUAGAAGCUGAUGGCGAGGCGAGAGGACUGGGCGGGAUGUGGGCGCGUACGUGUGUUGAGAGAGGUGCGGUGCAGCAAGGGCGUGGGUGAUACGAGUGAUGAAUGCGUGGGCGCGGGCGAAGCUGGUAUACUACUGAGAGUGAGAGCGCUGUGGGAGAGUUUCGAGUUAGUCACAUGGUGGGAUCGGGGCGGGGUCGGGGUAGGGCAGCGGGAAGGCAAAGCUAGACGGAUAGGAGUGUCGUGGGUGCCGAGCGGGACAGCAGCCCGCAGCGGAAGCGUGUGGCAGCGAUCGAGUGCAUGGAAUUAUGCAGCAGCU